ACCAGGCCAAAGAGCUCCAUGGCAAGUUGCUUGCACGUUGCAAGGAGAUUGGUUGUGCGGUUCCGCCUCCAAAGCCGCCCAAGGCAGAAGCAAAGCCAAAGAGCAAAAACGAGACGCCAAAGGUCCAAGAGGAAGGUGAAGAACCUGCAGAUGGAAUCUCCUUUGCCCAGGGCAUUCUUCAGGAGAAGUUUCCUUUGCUCUUCCCAGAUGAUAAGAAAGAAGAGGAUGACGCAGAGAUCAUUCCGACGGACCAACGCUGGCAAUCUACCAGGCGCAAGGCUCGUCAUGAGGAUCCUGAAGCAGAGGAGUGUCAAGAAGAACAGACGAUGAAGAAGGCAUUGUCCAACGUGAAAGAUGCAUCCUUUGAGGACAUCGACCGCUUCCCAGCAGUGGCUACCACCUUCAGACAGUGGUUACAAAAAAGCAAAAAGAAGAUCCAGGAAGAGGAGGCGGAGACUUACGUCAAGGUGCUCCACGAUCUCUUCGCACAAGAUGAGAAGGCUUUGGAUGAGAUGGCCAAGGACGAUUACUUCAAAGCUGUUGCGAAGGAGCCCCCACACACCAGCACCCUGAAGCUCUUCCGGGAGUUCUGGGUGAAGAAUCGCGACGGUCCCUGGUGCCCGGUGACAAGGGUCGAGAGGAAAGCCGAGGUUCGAGUCCGGCUCAUGCACUUUGUCCCAGAAGCUUGGAGCAUCCGAGUUGUUCCGCGAGCUCACAAAGAGGACCUGGUGAUUCUCACCACGCCGGAUGGAGCCAAGCACUUCGCCGAGGCCUCGAAGCUACCAGAGCUCCCGGUGCUCCACAGCGAGGAGUUCGCCAAGGAGCGAGAGCGAAAAGCUGCAAUGAGCAAGCUUGAGAGGGAGCGAGAUGAGGCAGAACGCCUGGCAAAGGCCAAGAGAGCAGAAAAGCUUGCGAAGACCAAGGUCAGAAAUGACCUCACACCAACGGUGAAGGAGCUGAUGGCUGGUGCCGAUGCCGAGCAAUCCCUCCUGGAUGCCGUCUUUCGGCAGCACAUCGGCUGCUCCGGGUGUGGACGCAUCGCCUCGAGGGCGGCAGAGAACGUCCGCCGCGGCAUGCAGUCGGGCUGGGCGUCGUAUGAUGACGUGCCAGAUGCGACGGAAGAAGAGGUACAGCAGUACCCUAGAGUUCUUGCCACCUUCUACCAGCAGGGCUUCCCCUACAUGAACGGUGUGCGCCGGCUGAUGGAGCUCUACAAAAAGAAGGCAUGGGACAUGGCCACUCCCGAAUUCCAACAGCUGGUUCGAAUGGACCCAGAAAAUGCCAAGUGCAACGGCUACUUGAAUUCGGCCAUCCUCUACCUGAGGAAGUUUCGCGAGAGCGGUGGCUUCGACAACCUCAUGGACAUCUCGGAGAUGGAUCCGGUGAAGCUCCAGAGCACUUUCACCCCAGACUUCGAGCGGGAGACGAACAAGGAACAAGAGAACUUUGAUGACUUGCAGGUGGACGUUCCCCUGGAGCUGGUAAUGGCAGAUGCUACAGACAACUGGCGAGCCGAGUUGCGGGAGAAGUUCGACGACGAGGGAUAUCUCUUGGAGGAUGUGGAUGCCCGAGGCCAGCGCCCCGUAGCUCUGAGCAUGGCACUUUUGCCAAACGCUUCAGACGAGGAAUGGUCCUUGUGGCCCCGCAUCCUGGCCAAGUACGAGACCUAUUGCAAGCAGGAAUCUGAAGAGGAGAAGCCCAUCAAGCGCGAAGCUGAAGCUAACGACAUGUUCUUGGCCAUGAAGGAGCUGCUGGAGGAACACGGGAAGAGUCCGGAGGCCAUGGCCUCUCCCAAGUGUUUGAAGAUGGUGAAGAGCACGUACAGCGGGACUAACAAGGACCGUGCAGUUGCUCUGGCGAAGUUUGCCGAGUUCUGGGCUGCGCAUCGCGACGGAGAGUUUCCGGAGCCCAAGGUUCAUGCUCUUGCAGCAAUGAAGUACAAGCUCAUUGAUAGGCAGUUGCUGGAGCAGGCCAAGAGGAUGGCUGCCGAGUGGAAGCUCCCCGAGGGCUGGUCGGUGAAGUUGGCCAAGGAUGGACGUCUCAUCAAGGUGAAUGGUCCUUGCAAGGAGAUCUACCACAGCAAGGAGGCAGCUCUCCGCGCGGUGGAGCAGAAGGCUUCGCGCCGUGCCGAGGAAGCGAAGGCAGCGCAUCAGCAGAUGAUCUCCGCCAAAGAGGCCGACCGAUCGAACCGCGAACGGAAUGACCGGAGGGGGUCGCUGAAGCUUGAGCUGCAAGGAAGCCAAAAGGGCCCUGAACGCGAUCGAAAUGGGAAGUUGGUGGUGCCGUCAACCACCAGCCCCUCGCACCAUCUCUUCUUUCGCUGGGAAGAGCAAGGCGACGAGGAGGCCGAGCCAACAUUCCUGUGUGAGAUCCCCACUGCCCCACGGAUCCUCCGGCUGGUCCGGCAGCUCCCACACGGCUCCUCCUUCUCGGACUGGGGCCCCAUGGUGGCAGUCUGCGACUAUGCUAUGGAGGUGCACCGCCAACUCCUGAGGAGCUGGAGCAAAUUGAUUUGCAAAGUGGCGACACAUUGA